CUAACACCACCCACACAGAACAUCAAACCCACCAAAAGUUGUUAUGUUUUGUUCGUUUAGGUAGUGGAAGCACAGAAAACAUAUGCACAAUUACUAAGUUCUGAUUGGGCAGGCAGCUUACAGCCCACCUACAAAUUGUCCCACUCUCUCACCCACCAACAUGAGAGACACAAACAGACAAAGGAAGAAGCAGUGCUGUCUGUCCGAGCGUGCAGAGUUGUUCAGCUGCGAACUCAGAGCAAAGCAAACAGGUAACACACACAAUCAUCAGCUGCUGCAAAGGAAUCACUCGAACUAUAACCUGCUUAAACUUGUACACAUCAGUCAGUAUGUUGUUCAUGUCUGACUUACACCAACCUCGCACUGGGAUGACACUCUGACACUUUUUUGUCUAAUUUACAUUUAACAUUAUCUGGUUUUUAGUCUUCAUUAACUUUAAUCCAUGCAAGAUGCCAUGGUCCUGAAUCUGACGACUCAGUGUUUUGGGUUUCUUUAUAUUAUUCUGUGUUCUUGUUUAUUAUGUCUUUUGUUUAGGUUUGCUAUGUGUUUGGGUUUUAUUUUAUGCCUGCCUGUGUUCCCUGUCUGUCCGCGGUGUCACUGUGGCUGCUUGUGAGUCUGUCUGUCAAGUUAAGUGUCUGUUAGUUUCCUGUUUUAUUCUGAAGGUCCUUGUCUCAUGUGAGUGUGUUCACUUUAUGUUUCCCCUGUCUCGUCAGCUGUGAUUUCUCCCAGGUGUGUUCCCCUCCCAUCUCUCCCGUCUCCCAUCCCUUGAUUACUGCUGUGUGUAUUUAAGCCCUGUGUGUUCUCCUGCCUGUUGCUGGUUCGUCUGUGUUAUUCCCCUCUGUCAUCAUGAGUGGUUUCCCUGCGUCUGUCUGGGUCUCUCUGCCCUUCACCCCAGUUGGUUAUCAUUUCAGGUUUGCUCUUUAAUUUUCCCAGUUUAUCUUUCCUCAGUUGCUUCUCAUGCCCCCAUUGCCUGUUUGUGUCAUUCUGCCAUUUUGAAAAUAAACGUUUACUCAUAUCAUCUGUCCUUUGCCUGCGUUUUGGGUCCUUUAAUAAUUUCAUCCCGUGAGCCGUGACACAAGAGCGCCAAAGACAAACUGUUACAAGUGUCAAACCAAUUUUUUGGAGCAGAAAUACAAAUUUUUUAAAACCAGUGUAAAACUUUCAUUUGGUUUGAAUUUUCUCUUUAUGUGAGGAGUUUAUUGAGAUGGAAGUGAUGUCCUUUGUGUUUUUAACCAAGCUGAACACCAAGAGAAUUUUUUUCAAUUAACCAAAAAGACAGUUCAUCUCUCUUUGAGAGGUCAGGUAAAAACAUACUACAGGUAAGAUCUAGGUCUCUAAACAUUUCUGCCACAAUUCUGUUCAUAUACUCCUGUAUCCACAAAACAUUUAUGUAUUCCAACAGUAUCCACGACAAAUUCAAUAUUUCAAUAAUUGAGGUUAUUCUGCAAAAAAGAUUUGUUAAUGAAUGAAUUAUGAACAAAAGCCAAAAUGCUGAUACUAUCUGAAUUAUUUCUGCACUACAGCAUCCUCCAACUCCAAAAUAGUCAUCCGAGUUGCAAAGAUCUUUUUCAGCACAAAUCUGAGGACACAGUAAAAAUCUUUGGUAUUUUUAACAGAGUGAUAUUAUGGCGGCAGCAGCACCUGCACGUGAACUCAGGAUAAUGCUGUUUGGAAAAAGUGAGAAGAAGAAAUCAGCCCUGGAAAAGCUCCUCAUUGGGAAGAAAGAGUCUAAAGGUUUUGGAGGAAAGCAAUCUUGUUCUGCCUCUGGAGAGUGGAAUAGGAAACCUCCCACAGUUGUAAAAACUCCCGACAUCUUCAGUCUGCCUGUGGAAGCGCUGUUUAAAGUGAUGAAGAGCUGUGUGAGUCUCUGUCCUCCUGGACCAAACAUUCUGCUGCUGUUAGUGAAACCUUCUGACUUCACUGAGAAGAACAGACAAACUCUGAAUUUGGUCUUGAGCUUGUUUGGUCAAGAUGCUUUUAAUCACUCCAUCGUCAUCCGAACACAUAAUGAGGAAGGGAAUAACUCAGUGGAUAAACUCAUUGAAGAAUCCAAACAAAGGCAGCACUUCGUUAAUUUUGACAGAAAAGACUCCUUCUCAGAUUCCUCAGAGUUGAUGGAAGAAAUGAAUGAGAUAGUGAGUAAAAACUGUGGAAAAUAUCUAACGUUAAAAGAAGAGGUUAAACCCAAUCUGAAGUCCAGUCUGAACCUGGUUCUGUGUGGGAGGAGAGCAGCAGUGAAGACUUCAGCAGCCAAGGCCAUUUUAGGUCAGACUGAGCUUCAUUCAGUCUCCAACUCAUCAGAGUGUGUUAAACAUCAGGGAGAGGUGUGUGGACGUUGGGUUUCCCUGGUGGAGCUGCCUGCCUUGUAUGGAAAACCUCAGGAGGCAGUGAUGGAGGAAUCAUUCAAGUGUAUCUCCCUCUGUGAUCCUGAGGGUGUCCAUGCCUUCAUCCUGGUCCUACCUGUGGCUCCCCUCACUGAUGAAGACAAGAGAGAGUUAAAGACCAUCCAGGACACAUUCAGCUCUCGAGUCAAUGACUUCACCAUGAUUCUGUUCACUGUGGACUCAGAUCCUACAGAUCCAGCUGUUGUUAACUUUGUAAAGGAAGACAAGGACAUCCAGCAGCUCCAUCAGACCUGUGGAGGAAGAGCUGUUGUUCUCAACAUCAAGGACAAAAAGCAGGUUCCAAAGUUGUUCAAGGUUGUAGAUAAAAUUAGUGAGGCCACGGACAAACCACACAGUUAUACAGCUACAACGUUUUUACAUGCACAGAUGGAAAAUGUUGUACAACUUAAGAAGAACAUGACCACUGGUGGAGAACAGGACUCAGACUGUCUCAGGAUUGUGCUGAUUGGGAAGACCGGCUGUGGAAAGAGCUCUACAGGAAACACCAUUUUAGGAAGAGACGAGUUUACAGCUGCAUCAAGUCAAAUGUCGGUCACAGCAUAUUGUAAGAAGGCAAAGGGUGAGGUGGACGGUCGUCCUGUUGUUGUGGUCGACACUCCAGGUCUGUUUGACACAGCUCUGUCCAAUGAUGAAGUUCAAGAAGAGAUGGUGAAAUGUAUCAGCCAGCUGGCUCCAGGACCACAUGUCUUCUUGGUGGUGAUACAGGUUGGCAGAUUCACAGAAGAGGAGAGAGAAACGAUCAGACUCACAAAAAAAUUCUUUGGGAAGAAUUCAGGAAAGUUCACCAUCAUCCUUUUCACCAGAGGAGACGAUCUGGAGCGUCAGGGAGAGUCUAUUGAUGAUUACAUCAAGAACAAAUGUCACAGUUCCUUUCACAAGCUGAUCUGUAACUGUGGAGGAAGAUACCACGUGUUCAAUAACUCUGACAAACAAAACCGCACACAAGUCAGUAAUCUGAUAAAAAAGAUUGACACCAUGGUGAAGGACAAUGGAGGAAGCUUCUACACCAAUGAGAUGCUGCAAGAGGCUGAAGCAGCAAUAAAGAAGGAGAUGCAGAGGAUCCUGAAGGAGAAGGAAGAAGAGAUGCAGAAGGAAAAGGCAGAGAUUGAAAGAAAACAUAAGCAAGAAAUGAAAGCAAUGAAAAUAAGAAUGGAACAAGAGAGAGAUAAAAUAGAAAAUGAGAGAAAACGGAAAGCUGAAGAACUCCAGGAAAUGAUGGAUAAAAUUAAGGAAGAACAAGAGAAGAGAAAAAAAGAGGAAGAAAUGAGAGAAGAGGAGGAAAAGAAAAAGGACACUGGAGAAGAAAGAUAUCGACAACAAUUCAAAGAAGAACUUGAAAAGUUGGACAGACAAAUUCAGUUGGAAAAAGAGGCAAAGAAAAGUGUCGACAGACAGCUGGAAGAGACCAGAGAAGAGAUGCAACGAAAACAAGAAGCCUGGGAGAAAGAACAAAGAGAAGAGCGAGAGAAACAAAGACAAGAAGAUGAAAAGAGACGACAAGAGGAGGAAGAAAGAAUAGAAAAACUGCUGGAAAGUUACAAACAAGAAAAAAUAAAAUAUGAAAACAACAAAUUACAAGAGGAACAAAUAAGAAGAGAAAUGGAAAUAAUAGAGAACAAUCAUCAGAAAACACUGGAGGACCUAAAGAAGAGCUAUGAAAGAAAAGCCAGACAGAAAGCAGAAGAGUUCAACGAAUCCCAAAAGAAACACAUGGACGAAUUAAAAGCUCAGCGGGAAGAACAUGUGAAGGAAAUGAACGACUUAAUGAAACGUGUGACCAAGAAGAGCGAAAACCUGAGAAAGAUCAAACAUCUAGUGGAAAAACAUGAAAAAGAAAUGAGGAAUGGAAAAACUGAGGAAGACAAGGAAGAACUAGAGGAAGAACAUGAAAAACAAUUAAGUGAAUUGAUGCAAAAAAUCUUAAGUGAUGAGGUCAGUGACGCGUCAGCCUGCAGCAUUUUAUGACGAGAAAUGAAUGAUUACAGUUUUUUUCAGUCAUUUGUUCUGAGAAAAACAUUUAAAGAGGCACUGAUUUGUUGUUCUGUGUUUUAAAUGUUUGGGAUUUCCUCACAACAGAAAAUAAUUCUGAUUGGGUGUCGUCUAAUCUGCCUUAAACACAGUGUCGGACUCCAGUCUCACCAUUAAACCACAAGUCACUAUCCCAACAUUAGCAAUGCUUCUGACUGGUUAAACUUUCUCCUCACUUUGAAUAAGUAUUAGUUACUAAAAGACCCACCUGGAACCAGCAUCUCCUGUCUCAGCUCAUUAAUCUGCCACCUGGCAGAGUGGAAGCAAUGGUCAGUGUUUUUCCAGCAAAUAAAUGUUUUUAGCAUAAUUUACUUCAAAAUAGAAACAGAGGAUAAGUUGCAAUGAUGCAGGAAAAACAAAUUAUAGUCAAAUAUGUAAAGAACAGAACAGUUAUCAGGGUGGCUUUGUCAUUCUAAUGUUAUCAUUGUGUGUUUGGUGUGUGUUUGUGUGGGCGGGGGUAUUAAAUGUUUGAUCACAAAGAAAGACGACACACAUUUGGUGAUCAGGUACCUUUAUUCUUGUCUUUUUUUGAAGUUAUGAAUCAAAUAAUUUUUCCCGGCCUGAGCUCUGUAAGUACCAGGAUGUUCAUUUAAGUUUGUUAGUUUUGCUCUGUACUGUACUGUAAGUUGAAUCAGUCAUUUGAAUCUUUUCUGAUUUGUUGUUUUCUGUAAUGUUUGGUAAAAAUCUGGAGAGUGUGUGAUUUGAUUUCUUGUAUUUUAUCGGGAAUAGUUCUAUUUUUAUUGUGUUUAUUUGUUUUGGGUUUUUUCAUACAUUUUGUGUAAUCAGUAAUUAUCGAGUUUUAUUAUAAAAUCUCUCAUUUUUUAUUAAAUAGUCAGGUAUAUGACUGUAAAGUUUAGAUAUUAUUUAUGCCUCUGCAAUAUCUAAAUAUAACAACAUUUACUCAAUUAUCAUUGAAAAUAUUCAGAUACGGUAGAUGAAAUUUGACUUUAUUUUGAUAAAUGACAAAUAUAAAUUCUUUGCUUCAUAAUUAGUGACAUAACUAAGAAUAACAGUCGUUUAUGCAUCUGUUGAUUUUCAAAAGAAUAAAUGAGUGUUUCCCUGUGAUUCGUGUGGAUGGAUUAAAUGAUGAAACAAAGCAUCUUCAUUCA